GGGCCCGUGCCCCGCGCCACACGCUCACAACACAACGCCUGCCACUUCGGCAGCUCCACGAUACACUUUCUUUUUGUUUCGCUGACGUUUUAAUAACAUUGUGACAUUUACGAUAAUUUUAAACCUAUAAAAUCAAGUGAAGUAUUUUUAUUGGUGAAAUAAAACAAUAAAACUCAAGUGUUAGUUGAUGGGACGGCAAGAUGUACAGCUUCGAUAAGGACAUAUGGCACGUGCAAGGCAGCUCAGAGCUCCAAAACGAGGCUGAAGAAGAACGCAGCGAGAGCCCUACAGCAGCAGUAGGGGCCGAGGCGCCCCGCGAGCUGCCCAAUGAACUGUCAGCGCCCUACGAGGUGCCGCAGUUCCCCAUCGAGCAGAUCGAGAAGAAGCUGCUCAUUCAGAGACAGCUCAACGUCAAGGCUGCAGAAUGCGGUCAAUCAGUCCGUUCGUUCGGCGGCAGCGAGGCGGGAGCCCUGCUGGAGGAGCGCAGGGACGACUUCGAGCACGACAUGAUCAUGCCGCACUUCCAACGAGUCGCCAUCAGCGGGGAAGACACGUCUGGGGUGCCCUUGGAAGACUUGCAACAAGCAUCCUCCUACCUGGUGCAGGCACUAGAUAUCCGCAAGCGCUACAUGGAGAUGUCACAUCAGAGCUUCUGCACCAUCACCGCGCGGUUCCUGCGCAACAUGGACCCUGACGCACCCGCCAACCACGCGCCCUACACCAAGGGUCCUAGUGGACAUAUAGCAGAUCACGUAGUCCACCCACCGUUCAGGGACAAGGACCCCUGGGAGUGCCACAUGCCCGAGCCUAAGGACUACACCAUACGCCCCGACCGCGGCGUAUUCAACCUGUACGCUAAGGGUGCAGAGGGCCAGGAGACCCGAGUACCUUACGAGUACAUACCACUGACGGAGUACAUUCAGGACAUGAAUACUAUGUGCAACAUGAUGGCGGAUGGGCCGCUGAAGUCUUUCUGCUACCGGCGGCUGUCCUACCUGUCAUCCAAGUUCCAGUUGCAUGUGCUGCUCAACGAGCUUCGAGAACUGGCUUCCCAAAAGGCUGUGCCACAUCGCGACUUCUACAACAUCAGAAAAGUGGACACCCACAUCCACGCAGCGUCCUGCAUGAACCAGAAGCAUUUACUCCGCUUCAUCAAGAAGACCCUCAAGAAACACGCAGACGAGGUGGUGACGCUGCACAAGGGCGUGCCCAUGACCCUCAAGGCCGUGUUCCAGUCGAUGAACCUUAGUACUUAUGACUUGACUGUGGAUAUGCUGGAUGUGCAUGCGGACCGCAACACGUUCCACCGAUUCGACAAGUUCAAUGCCAAAUACAACCCCAUCGGCGAGUCACGGCUGCGAGAAGUGUUCCUCAAGACAGAUAACCACAUGAACGGAAAAUACUUCGCUAGGAUUAUAAAGGAAGUAGCCUCAGAUUUAGAGGAGAGUAAAUACCAAAAUGCGGAGUUACGUCUAUCCAUUUAUGGCAAGAGCCCGAGCGAGUGGGCCAAGCUGGCCAACUGGGCCAUCCAGUACGACGUGCACUCCAACAACGUGCGGUGGCUCAUCCAGAUACCUAGGCUUUAUGAUAUUUUCAAAUCGAACAAGAUCAUGAACAACUUCCAAGAGCUCCUCACUAAUAUUUUCCUGCCAUUAUUCGAAGUCACCAAGGACCCCAAUAGUAACAUAGAGCUGCACAAAUUCCUAACGCACGUGGUCGGCUUCGACAGCGUGGACGACGAGUCGAAGCCCGAGAACCCGAUCCUGGACCCCGAGGUCCGCGCCCCGGGCGACUGGGACGAGGAGGAGAACCCGCCCUACGCCUACUACCUCUACUACAUGUACGCCAACAUCACCGUGCUCAACCACUUCCGCACGGAACAAGGGCUGAACACGUUCGUCCUCCGGCCCCAUUGUGGCGAGGCUGGUCCCGUGCAGCAUCUCGUCUGCGGGUUCAUGCUUGCUGAGAACAUCUCCCAUGGACUGUUGCUUAGGAAGGUUCCAGUACUACAGUACCUGUACUACCUGACCCAGAUCGCGAUAGCAAUGUCUCCGCUAAGCAACAACUCCCUAUUCUUGAAUUAUCAUCGCAACCCGCUGCCGGAGUUCCUGGCCAGGGGACUCGCCAUCACGCUCAGCACUGAUGACCCGCUGCAAUUCCACUUCACCAAGGAGCCGCUGAUGGAAGAGUACAGCAUCGCGACGCAAGUGUGGAAACUGUCCUCCUGCGACAUGUGCGAGCUGGCGCGCAACUCCGUGCUCAUGUCCGGCUUCCCUCACGAGAUGAAGCAGUACUGGCUGGGCCCCAACUACAUGAAGGAGGGCGUGGCCGGCAACGACAUCACGCGCACCAACGUGCCCGACAUCCGCAUCUCCUUCCGCUACGAGGCGCUGCUGGACGAGCUCACCAACAUCUUCAAGGUUCGUUACGCGAUGGGCCGAGACUGGGUGCCCCCGCCCGCGCCCACCACCCCGCAGCCGCCCAACAUCCACGCGCCCAUCGUAAGCCUGAAGAGACCCUCGCUAGUCUAG